GCUCCGCGGAGUGAUUUAGAGGGACUACACCCAGGUGCUGGGCGCGCGCAGUGGCUACCGAAAACCACGCUGUAGGAGGACGUGACAGGGCUCGGAGUCUGACGCAGAGAUGUCCUGGCAAGGCUACGUGGAUAACCUGAUGGCCGACGGCAGCUGCCAGGACUCCGCCAUUGUUGGCUACACGGACGCCAAAUACGUCUGGGCGGCGCAGUCCGGCGGCACUUUCAGCAACAUAACGCCUGAAGAAAUUGAUGUCAUAGUAGGAAAGGACCGAGAGGGUUUCUUCACCAGCGGUCUGACCUUAGGCCAAAAGAAGUGCUCAGUGAUCAGAGACAGCCUUCUAAUCGAUGGUGACUGGACAAUGGACAUCCGGACAAAGAGUCAAGGUGGCGAGCCAACAUAUAAUGUUUCUGUAGGCAGAGCCGGCAAAGCAUUGGUUUUUGUCAUGGGAAAGGAAGGUGUCCAUGGAGGGCAGCUCAACAAGAAAUCAUUUCACAUGGCUGAGUACCUGAGGAAGUCUGGAUAUUAAAGCAGCCUGUCCCCAUCCAUUUAGCAGCUUAUUCUUACCAUUGUCUUGUGUUGCUAGAGCUACCUGAUGUAGUUGAUAACUUCACCCCCUUUUCUUUGUUCCCCACUUUUUGUCAUCCCUUGUUCCUUCCAUCCCUUGUUUUCAUUUGUAUGCAUUUACACCAUGUACCCAAAUCUGCUCUGGCACCACUGAUUUGCCAUGCUAUAAGAUACAUGUUCUUGUGUGCUAAUGCAUGAAGCUUUCUAUUAAAGUAAAACCUCACAACUUGAGUUGAUUGCAAAUCUGGGUUUUGCUUAGUGGCAGCCCAGUGCUGUAGAAAAACAAGAAAUGAAAGAAACCUAAAUUGAAAAACUGGCGUUUUAUACAAAGGUGCCUGCUAGUACUAUUUUUGACUGACCAAUGCCUUUUGAGCACUUUGAGCAGAUAAACAAGCUCAUAUUGUCUUCCUUUUCUAGAACAUGUCUGGGAGGGAAAACUGCAUGCAUAUCUUAAUGGUUUUGUGUUGCUGACUCGAACCCUAGCCUUUCACUCCUGCCAAAAUGUCUCUCCCACAUUACCACUGACACCCCCCUUCCCCUUCAUGGCCCUAUCAUGCAAUAAGUUUUGCACACAGCAUACACUGUACAACAUUUUUUUGCAAGUUCUUGUUUCAGUUGCAUUGUCCCACAUCACAUGAAGGAAUCUACUUCCAUGUAGACUUUGGGGGGUAAUAACAGGUUUGGUGUUUAUUUUCAUCGGCAUUUCUGAAAUGCACCUAGGAGUUCCUCCCAUGACCCCUUCGCUACAUCCCAGACUGUAAUCUCCAUGGACAUUCCAUCAUUUUAGUAGCACAGGCGUUUAACCUUUUGCCAGCUCCUGUAUUAUCUGCUGCUUUUU